CUUACCAUUUCUUUAACUGUCUAGGACUCCCUACCCCGCUUGCCAUGAAAGAAAGAUACCAGCAACGGGUCUGUCUUCAGAGGGAUUCAGAGAAACCAUGGACAAACCAUCCACCAGCAAUAAUGCUAAAAGACUUCAUUUUGAGGGAUCCAGUCAUGGCACCCCAAUUGUUGCGAUGGUUUUGUGGUUCCAUUCGGAUCUGGUUACGUUAAUUAUUUAUGCUGUUAUUGGAAAUAGCAAAGAAUGCUGGCAAGGUUUGGAGCAAGACACCACGGGAAGAGUCUCAACAAGCUGAUAUGGUGCAUUUUCAUUGGGUGGGCAUACCAACGGUGUGGUAUACCUGAUGUACCCUAUAUGUUCUCCUAUUUGCAUCCAAACAUUCAUAAAGUGCAAGAAAGGUUUCCCAACUUGCAAGACAAAGUAAACUCAUCAGCAAAGCAAAAACUGAAAGUUUUGAGCCAUACUCUUUCAAAGAAAAAAAGGAGGGCGUUUUCUUGGAAUAUGAAAUUUAUUGAUUAGUUAGUAUGGCGUUUGGAUUACCCAGAUAGACAACUGAAGACAAAAGGUCACUGUUUUGUCAGAAGUGCUUUGAUUGGUUGGUGGGUUUUGAUGGUCCCACGCAUUUCGUAGGCUUCACUUCAGAAUUUCAAACCAAACGUCUAUAUAUAAUGAAGAGGGUUUGGACCUAUUGCUUCACAGGUCGAGUUUUUAAAACCCAUAGGAGGCACAACCAUUCACAGAGACCGACAGAAACUAUGGGCAACUCAUCAACAAGCAAUGCUAAUAGCCCUCAUUCCCAGAACUCAAAUGAAAACAUGAACAACUCACUUGUUAAUAAUAUUCUACUGAACCAUGACUUCUCUGGAGGGCUGCAUUCAUGGCACCCCAAUUGCUGCGAUGGCUUUGUGGUUCCAGCUGAGUCAGGUUAUGCUGUCAUUACAAAUCGUAAAGAAUGUUGGCAAGGCUUGGAGCAAGACAUCACAGAAAGAGUUUCCCCAGGCUCCAAUUAUACUGUUUCAGCUUGUGUUGGAAUAUCAGGGUCUCUUCAGGGAUUCGACAACAUUCAGGCUACACUGAAACUAGAACGCCAAGACUCGGCCACUAACUAUCUGUGUAUUGGAAGAAUUUCUGUAUCAAAAGAGGGAUGGGAGACAUUGGAAGGCACAUUUUCUCUGUCAAGUAUGCAUAAUCGAGUUGUAUUUUACUUGGAAGGGCCUUCUCCUGGAGUAAACCUUCUCAUAAAGUCAGUGGUGAUAUCAUGUGCCAGUCCAAGUGACUGUAAGAAUUCAAAUGAAGACAUGAACAACUCUAGGAAUAGUCAUGUUACAAAUAUUCUACUGAACCAUGACUUCUCUGGAGGGCUGCAGUCAUGGCACCCCAAUUGCUGUGAUGGCUUUGUAAUUCCUGCUGAGUCGGGCCACCCUGAAGUAAUAUCAUCAAAGGGAAGCGGCAGUUAUGCUUUUAUUACAAAUCGUACAAAAUAUUGGCAAGGGUUGGAGCAAGACAUCACAGGAAGAGUUUCCCCAGGCUCCGCUUAUAAAGUUUCGGCUUCGGUUGGAGUAUCAGGGUCUCAUGGUUUCUCCAACAUUCAGGCGACAUUGAAACUAAAAUACAAAGAUUUAGCCACUAGCUAUCUAUGCAUUGGAAGAAUUUCUGUAUCAGAAGAGGGAUGGAAGACUUUGGAAGGCACAUUUUCUCUGUCAAGCAUGCCUAACCGAGUUGUAUUUUACUUGGAAGGGCCUUCUCCUGGAGUAGCUCUUCUCAUAAAAUCAGUGGUGAUAUCAGAUGCCAGUCCAAGCGAUUGUGAGAAUACAAGCACUGGAUGUAUCAAUGCUGGAGAUGAGAACAUCUUACUAAAUCCCAGAUUUGAGGAGGGCCUCAAUAAUUGGUCCGGAAGAGGCUGCAAGAUUCUUUUGCAUGACAUUAUGGGAGAAGGAAAAAUUCUUCCAUUCUCUGGAAAAUUCUUUGCAUCUGCAACAGAUCGCACACAAAGCUGGAAUGGAAUUCAGCAGGAAAUAACUGGAAGAGUGCAGCGAAAGCUUGCUUAUGAGGUUACUUCUGUUGUGCGGAUAUUUGGUAACAAUAUCACUAAUGCUGAUGUUCGGAUUACAUUGUGGGUUCAGGCACCGGAUCUUCGUGAACAGUACAUAGGAAUUGCUAGCUUGCAGGCAACAGACAAGGAUUGGGUACAGUUGCAAGGGAAAUUUCUUCUAAAUGGUUCCCCUUCAAGAGUGGUCAUUUAUUUAGAAGGCCCACCUCCCGGGACUGAUAUUCUUAUUAAUAGUUUAGUUGUAAAGCAUGCAGAGAAAAUUCCUCCUUCACCUCUACCUGUUAUCGAGAAUCCUGCUUUUGGAGUAAAUAUAAUUGCGAACAGCAACCUUGAUGAUGGAACCAAUGGCUGGUUUCCGUUUGGGAAUUGCACUUUAAGUGUCGGAACUGGUUCACCACACAUACUUCCUCCAGUGGCAAGAGAUACCCUUGGACCUCAUGAACCUCUGAGUGGGCAGUACAUUCUUGUUGCUAAUCGAACCCAAACUUGGAUGGGUCCCGCUCAGAUGAUCACUGACAAACUGAAACUCUAUUUAACAUACCAAGUAUCAGCAUGGGUUCGAAUUGGUGAAGGAGCAACUGGUGCUCAGAAUGUGAAUGUUGCCCUUGAUGUGGAUAAGCAGUGGGUCAAUGGGGGCCAAGUUGAGGUUAACGAUGACAUAUGGCAUGAAAUUGGUGGGUCCUUUCGGAUUGAGAAGCAGCCAGACAUGGUGGUGGUUUAUAUUCAAGGUCCUGCUCCAGGUGUUGACUUAAUGGUUGCUGGCCUCCAGAUUUUUCCUGUCGAUCGUCACGCAAGAUUUAAACAUUUAAGAAGGCAGACUGAUAAGAUACGUAAACGUGAUGUCAUCCUGAAGUUCUCCGGAUCAGAUUCUGGCAGUUUGUUUGGCGCCUUUGUGAGAGUCAGGCAAUUGCAGAACAGCUUUCCCUUUGGAUCAUGUAUAAGCAGAACAAACAUAGACAAUGAAGAUUUUGUUGAUUUCUUUGUGAAAAAUUUCAAUUGGGCUGUCUUUAUGAAUGAGUUAAAGUGGAACUGGAUGGAGCCAGAACAAGGAGGCUUAAUCUACACGGAUGCUAAUGAGCUCUUGGAGCUGUGUACACGCUGGAACAUUCAAACCCGCGGUCACUGCAUCUUCUGGGAGGUUGAGGACCAAGUUCAACCUUGGGUUUGCUCUUUGAACACAAAUGAUUUGAGGACAGCUUAUAAAACACGCCUUACCGGCCUUCUCACUCGAUACAAGGGGAAGUUCAAGCACUACGAUGUGAACAAUGAGAUGUUGCACGGUUCAUUCUAUCAAGAUAGGUUGGGUAAAGAGAUCCGUGCAGACAUGUUCAAGAAAGCAAAGCAACUAGACCCAUCUGCCGAGCUAUUUUUGAAUGAUUGUCAUGUUGAGGAUGGAUAUGACACCAGAUCAUCUCCAGAGAAGUACAUCCAACAAAUUUGUGAGCUGCAAAAGCAGGGUGCUCCGGUGGGUGGAAUUGGAAUUCAAGGACAUAUAGAUAGUCCAGUUGGGCCUAUUGUUUGUUCUGCUUUGGAUAAAUUGGGUGUUCUUGGUCUUCCAAUCUGGUUCACGGAGUUAGAUGUGUCGUCCAUUAAUGAGCAUGUUAGAGCAGAUGAUUUGGAAGUCAUGCUUCGAGAAGCGUAUGCCCAUCCUGCAGUGGAUGGUGUAAUGUUGUGGGGAUUUUGGGAGCUGUUUAUGAGCCGAGACAACUCACAUUUGGUGAACACUGAAGGUGAUAUCAAUGAAGCUGGUAAAAGAUACCUUGCUCUCAAGCAAGAAUGGCUGUCCCACCCUCAUGGGCAUAUCGAUGAGCAAGGACAAUUUGUGUUUAGGGGCUUCCAGGGCUCAUAUGAAGUGGAAAUUAUAACACACAGAAAGAAAGUUUCCAACACAUUUGUUGUUGACAAAGGUCAGUCACCACUUGUGGUGUCUAUAAAGUUAUAGCUUCUAAUGAAUUGGUGCUUCACUCAUUAAAGACAUAACCAUGCUUCAUGUGCUACAUUUUAUGUUUCUGUGGUAAGAACAUUUUUGGUAACAUUAAAGCAAGGAAUGAAGUGUUGAUCUUCUUGUU